UUGUCUGUGUAUCAAAUGAUAAUUUCUUAUCAUUCAAUUUAUAAAAUUUCUAUGACUAUUAUUUUAUAUAUAUAUAUAUGUAUGUAUGGUAAACAUACGUCUGCUGAUUGUCCAAUAACUUCCGUAGUGUUAGCUGAGGCUCAGCCAACUUCAAUGGCGGUUUGUUGACCAGGUGUUUCUUUUCGGAUACCCCUUUAGUUGAAGGAGGUUUCAUUCUUUGAUCUAAAAGAGAAACUCUCUUCUAAAUUUGUAAACCCUCCAAAACCAUGUCAAGCAGUGAUGAGUGUAAACUCUAUGAUUGCAGCACUUCACUCCUCACUGUCAAAGCCCCGGGCGGCUUCACCGUAGCCCAACGGCGUUGGCGCAUUGCCUACAUCACGAUAUAUUCGGCUCGUGUUAUGCUUUCUCUUGCUGACAAGAUCAUAUCCCAAAGGGCUACCCAACUCCCUUCUAUGACCUCUCAGCAGUAUGUCACCGAGUUCGAUCAUUACGUCGCCCUUGAUAUUGAACAUAAAAUCAACCAAAAACGACUUGUGAAGACUGUGAAAGAGAAAGACUUGGUUUCUCUUAACCAUCUCGGAGGGGUUGAUGGCGUUGUUGAUGCCCUUUGUACGAAUUCCGAACAUGGAAUCCGAGACGAUGAGCAAGAGGUUAUAAAAAGGCAAGAGAUGUUCGGUUUUAAUAAGUAUCAUAAGCCACCUCCGAAAGGGUUAUUAUACUUCGUCUUGGAAGCUUUCAAGGAUACAACAAUUCUUAUUCUCCUUGUAUGUGCUACUUUAUCUCUAGGUUUUGGCAUCAAAGAACAUGGUGCCGAAGAAGGUUGGUACGAAGGCGGAAGUAUCUUCGUUGCUGUCUUUCUUGUCAUUGUUGUCUCUGCACUUAGUAACUUCAGACAGGAGACUCAAUUUGAUAAGUUAUCAAAAAUUAGUAACAAUAUCAAAGUUGAAGUCGUUAGAAGUGGUCGUCGGCAACAAAUAUCUAUAUUCGAUCUCGUUGCUGGAGAUGUUGUCUUCUUGAAGAUCGGAGAUCAAAUUCCGGCAGAUGGACUGUUCUUGGAUGGACAUUCACUGCAAGUGGAUGAAUCAAGCAUGACGGGCGAGAGUGACCAUGUGGAAGUUGAUGCUUGCAGGAACCCUUUCCUUUCUUCUGGUUCUAAGGUAGUCGAUGGAUACGCUCGAAUGCUCGUAGCAUCAGUCGGAAUGGACACUGCAUGGGGUGAAAUGAUGAGUUCAAUAACCAGUGAUAAAAACGAGAGAACGCCGCUACAAGCUCGACUUGACAAACUGACCUCUUCCAUCGGAAAGGUAGGUCUUGCGGUUGCCUUUCUAGUUCUUGCAGUCUUGUUAAUUCGCUAUUUCACUGGAAAUACAAAAGAUGACAAUGGCCAGACAGAGUAUCGUGGGAGUCAGACCGAUGUAGAUGAUAUCUUGAAUGCAGUUGUUCGUAUUGUUGCUGCUGCAGUAACGAUCGUGGUCGUGGCUAUCCCAGAAGGUCUACCAUUGGCUGUCACUCUUACACUUGCUUACUCGAUGAAAAGAAUGAUGGCUGAUCAAGCAAUGGUUCGAAAACUUUCAGCUUGUGAAACAAUGGGCUCGGCUACAAUCAUUUGUACGGACAAAACCGGCACCUUGACAUUGAAUCAGAUGAAAGUUACCCAGUUUUGGCUCGGCCAAGAGUCCGUUGAAGAAGAUCUUGCCAAAGAAAUUGCCCCAAGUGUUCUUGAAUUAUUCUACCAAGGAGUUGGAUUGAACACAACUGGUAGUGUCUGCAAACCUGUCUCGGGAUCCCUUCCUGAGUUUUCAGGCAGUCCAACCGAGAAGGCAAUUCUGUCUUGGGCUGUCCUAGGCUUGGGUAUGGAUAUGGAAAAGCUGAAGCAACAAUACAUCAUUCUCCAUGUUGAAACCUUCAACUCAGAGAAAAAGCGUAGUGGGGUAUCAGUUCAGAGAAAGGCUGAUGAAAUGGUAGACAUACAUUGGAAAGGAGCUGCAGAGAUGAUUGUAGCCAUGUGUUCACAAUAUUAUGAAAGCAAUGGGAUCAUACGGUCGAUGAGCGAAGAUGGAAGGGAGAGAAUCGAAACCAUAAUCCAAAGCAUGGCAGCCAGUAGUCUACGAUGCAUUGCUUUUGCUCAUAAGCAAGUUUUGAAAGGAGAGACAGAAGAUGGUGAUGAUCAAAGCGGAAAGACGAAUCGUAGACUAAAAGAAGAUGGUUUAACCUUGCUUGGGAUAGUUGGUUUAAAGGAUCCGUGUCGGCCAGGGGUCAAGAAAGCCGUGCAGGCUUGCCAAUCUGCAGGGGUGGGCGUCAAAAUGAUUACCGGAGACAACAUUUUCACAGCUAAAGCUAUAGCUACAGAAUGUGGAAUUCUAGGACCAGAUUACCAGCAAGGAAGUGGAGAAGUAGUUGAAGGUACCGAGUUUCGAAAUUACGCACCUGAUGAGAGAAUGGAGAAGGUAGAAAAGAUCCGGGUGAUGGCAAGGUCCUCACCAUUUGACAAGCUUUUGAUGGUACAGUGCUUGAAACAGAAAGGUCAUGUGGUUGCGGUCACAGGGGAUGGCACCAAUGAUGCUCCUGCACUAAAAGAAGCCGAUAUCGGACUUUCAAUGGGCAUUCAAGGCACUGAGGUAGCCAAGGAGAGCUCGGACAUUGUCAUCUUAGAUGACAAUUUUAGCUCAGUUGCCACAGUUUUAAGGUGGGGAAGAUGUGUUUACAAUAACAUACAAAAAUUCAUUCAAUUUCAACUUACCGUAAAUGUCGCAGCUCUCGUGAUCAACUUCAUUGCAGCAGUUUCAGCCGGUGAGGUUCCGUUGACUACUGUUCAACUGCUAUGGGUGAACCUCAUCAUGGAUACAUUAGGUGCUCUAGCACUUGCAACGGAUAGGCCAACUAAUGAACUCAUGGAGAAGCCACCGGUUGGUCGAACCGAACCCCUAAUUACCAAUAUCAUGUGGAGGAAUCUCUUAGCUCAAGCCUUAUACCAGAUAGCUAUUCUCUUGAUCUUACAAUUCAGGGGUGAAUCAAUAGUCAAUGUGCCCGAGACGGUAAAGGACACACUGAUAUUCAAUACUUUUGUUCUAUGCCAAGUUUUUAACGAGUUCAACGCAAGGAAGUUGGAGAAGCAAAAUGUUUUCGAAGGCAUUCUUAAGAACCGAUUAUUUCUCGGGAUUAUUGGAGUAACCAUCGUUCUUCAGGUGGUUAUGGUGGAAUUCUUGAAGAAGUUUGCAGAUACAGAGCAGUUGAAACUAUGGCAAUGGGGAGUUUGUAUAUUACUUGCAGCAUUUUCAUGGCCAAUUGCUUGGUUUGUGAAGCUUAUACCUGUUUCCAACACACCCUUCUUCAGUUACCUCAAAAGAUCGAGAACCAUUUUUAAGCGACCUAUCAACCACCAGAAACCUUAGACCCGGCUGGCUAGAACAGGAUGUUGAAUAAGAUAAGGCUGUGAAAGAAUGAGCAAGUUGAACUGUUUAGAAUCACACUAAUGAUGUAUGGACAUAGCAAACAAGGUCAAGAGAGUCCGAUCUGAUCUGACCCAAUACUGAUUCUACAUUUAAUAUACUUUCGAUUCUUGCUUUUUCUUGAACUCUUUCACAACAAGAGUUCAUAUAUGGCACAAGCAUUCCACAAUUAGCUAAGCAACUUCGGAACAUGAAAAUUCUACUUUACUCGGAUGGCCUGUUUUAACACUUCGCCAACGGAUGUUAUAUGAAUGAUAAGGCCUAUAUGUAUAUGUAUAUAUGUAUGUAUGUCUAUAUGUAUAUUGUUGAAACUAUUUUUUUAUUUCUUCGAUUUAAAAA